GGAGCUGCAGGAGCGGAGCUCGAGCGGAACUCUACCGGGGACUGAAGCUCUAACGCACGCACACACACGCACGCGCGCGCACGGUCCUGCAGGAUGGUCGCGUGAGCGGAAUCUGUACAGGGAGCCCGGAGCCGGAGCGCGCGGAGUGUGUUUAGGUGCAGGAGGAGUGCGUGCGGGGAGCGGUGCGCGCGCGCGCGGGAGAGAGAGAGUUUGUGCGUGUUCUGCAGGAGCGCGAGCCCGGAGUCCCGCGCUGAGCGGCGCGCAGCACCGCAGGACCGCAUGGCGCGCGCCUGGGUCGCGCUGCUACUCGCGCUGCUGGUCCACGGGGCACGCGCGCAGCUCUGUCCGCCACAGUGCACAUGCGCGGGGACCGCGGUGGACUGCCACGCGCAGGGACUGAGGAACGUACCGAGGGGCAUCACGAGGAGCGCCGAGAGAAUAGAUCUCAAUUCAAAUAAUUUGACAAAAAUCUCCAAGGCUGAUUUUGCUGGUUUCCGGCACCUCAGAGUUCUGCAGCUAAUGGAGAACAAAAUCAGCAUUAUCGAGAGGGGAGCGUUCCAGGACCUGAAAGAGCUGGAAAGACUACGGCUGAACAGGAAUAAUCUGCAGGUUCUACCAGAGCUGCUCUUCCUCGCCACAGUGAAACUCUCCAGACUAGAUCUGAGUGAGAACCAGAUUCAGGGCAUCCCGAGAAAAGCUUUCAGAGGACCUACAGAACUCAAAAACCUGCAGUUGGAUUACAAUCAGAUUUCCUGUAUAGAAGAUGGAGCGUUCCGAGCUCUACGGGACCUGGAAGUGCUGACGCUGAAUAAUAAUAAUAUUUCUCGUAUGUCUGUGGCCAGUUUUAACCACAUGCCCAAACUCAGGACAUUUCGUCUUCACUCCAAUAACCUGAUUUGUGAUUGUCAUGUGGCCUGGCUCUCUGAUUGGCUGAGACAGAGGCCCCGCCUGGGUCUGUAUACUCAGUGUAUGGCUCCGCCUUCUAUGAGGGGACACAACGUAGCCGAGGUUCAGAAGAGGGAGUUCGUCUGUACAGGGUCUCAGGUUCAGACGUCCUGCAGUGUCCUGCAGUGUCCGGAAUUCUGUACGUGCAGUAAUAAUAUCGUAGACUGUCGGGGAAAAGGACUGACGGAGAUUCCCACCAACCUGCCGGAGACCAUCACUGAGAUACGCCUGGAGCAGAACUCCAUCAAAGUAAUCCCACCUGGAGCGUUCUCACCGUACAAACGGCUGCGGAGGAUAGACCUCAGUAAUAAUCAGAUUUCUGAACUGGCUGCGGAUUCAUUCCAGGGUCUGCGUUCCCUCAACUCACUGGUUCUGUAUGGGAAUAAGAUCACAGAGCUUCCUAAAGGACUGUUCGAGGGGCUGUUCUCACUACAACUGCUGUUACUGAAUGCGAAUAAAUUAAACUGUCUUCGGGUCGACGCCUUCCAGGACCUGCAGAACCUGAACCUGCUCUCGCUCUACGACAAUAAGCUGCAGACCAUCGCUAAAGGAACCUUCUCCUCCCUGCGCUCCAUCCAGACCCUACACCUUGCGCAGAACCCGUUCAUGUGUGACUGUCACCUGAAGUGGCUGGCUGAUUACCUGCAGGAGAACCCGAUUGAGACCAGCGGGGCGCGCUGCACCAGCCCCCGUCGCCUUGCCAACAAACGCAUCGGACAGAUCAAAAGCAAAAAAUUCCGCUGUUCAGCUAAAGAACAAUAUUUCAUACCAGGGAUCCAUCAUGUCAGUAAGUGUGUGGAGGAUUACCGUUCGAAGCUGGGAGGAAGCUGUUUUGCAGACCUGGCGUGUCCAGAGAAGUGUCGCUGUGAGGGAACCACAGUGGACUGUUCCGGACAGAAACUGACCAAGAUACCAGACCACAUCCCACAGUACACCGCAGAACUGCGGUUAAAUAAUAAUGAGUUCAGUGUUCUGGAGGCAACCGGCAUCUUCAAGAAACUCCCUCAGCUUCGCAAAAUUAAUCUGAGCAGUAAUCGGAUCAGUGAUAUCGAGGAGGGAACUUUUGAAGGAGCCGCAGGCGUUAAUGAACUCAUCCUGACCAGCAACCGCCUGGAGAACGUCCACCACAGCAUGCUGAAGGGUCUAACAGGCCUGAGGACACUGAUGCUGCGCAGUAAUAAGAUCAGCUGUGUGAGUAACAGCAGCUUCACUGGUCUGAGUUCAGUACGGCUGCUCUCUCUCUACGAUAACCUGAUCACCUCCAUCGCCCCGGGAGCCUUCGACACACUCCACUCGCUCUCAACACUGAACCUGCUGGCGAACCCGUUUAACUGUAAUUGUCACCUGGCGUGGUUGGGGGAGUGGCUAAGGAGGAAGAGGAUUGUUACGGGGAACCCGCGCUGUCAGAACCCGUACUUCCUGAAGGAGAUCCCCAUACAGGAUGUCGCUGCACAGGACUUCGCCUGUGAGGAUGGUAAUGAUGAGAACAGCUGCUCCCCAUUGGCUCGGUGCCCGGCUGAGUGUUCCUGUUUGGACACUGUGGUUCGCUGCAGCAAUAAAGCUCUGAAGGUUCUACCCAAAGGAAUUCCCAAAGACGUUACCGAGCUGUAUCUGGAUGGAAACCAGUUCACACAGGUUCCAGUGGAGCUCUCCAACUAUAAACACCUCACCCUCAUUGAUUUGAGUAAUAACCUGAUCAGCACGUUGUCCAACAACAGCUACAGUAACAUGUCUGAUCUGCUUACACUAAUCUUAAGCUACAACAGGUUGAGGUGUAUCCCAGCGAAGGCCUUUGAGGGGCUCAGGUCUCUGCGGCUGCUCUCUUUGCAUGGAAACGACAUCGCUGUGAUUCCUGAAGGAGCUUUUAAAGACCUCUCCUCUCUCUCCCACCUGGCUCUGGGGGCGAACCCGCUGCACUGUGACUGUGGGAUGCAGUGGCUCUCUGAUUGGGUGAAGAGCGGCUAUAAGGAGCCGGGCAUCGCCCGCUGCACCGGACCUGCAGACAUGGCAGAUAAACUGCUGCUGACCACGCCCUCCAAAAAGUUCACCUGUACAGAGGUGCCGGGGCCUUGUGGUUUUCCUGUGCCAGGUCCAGUAGAUAUCAGUAUUCAGGCGAAGUGUGACCCGUGCUUAUCAAACCCCUGCAAAAACAACGGCACCUGCUCCAACCACCCCAUAGACUUCUACAGGUGCACCUGCCCUUACGGAUACAAGGGUCAAGACUGUGAGGAACCCAUCCACGCCUGCAUCAGUAACCCCUGUCAGAAUGGUGGAACCUGUCACCUGAAGGACGGAGCAGAGAACACACACUGGUGUGUGUGUCCUGAAGGUUUUGAAGGAGAGGAGUGUGAGAUUAAUAUUGACGACUGUGAGGAUAACGACUGUGAGAACAACUCCACCUGCGUGGACGGAAUCAACAACUACACCUGUCUCUGCUCACCUGAGUAUACAGCUGCUAAUAAUAAUGAAGUGGAGAAAGGGGAGCUGUGUGAGGAUAAGCUGGAUUUCUGUGCUUCAGAGCUGAAUCAGUGUCAGCACGACUCCAAAUGCAUCCUGACCGCCCGCGGAUACAAGUGUGAGUGUACUCCAGGUUACACAGGAGAACGUUGUGAGUUGGACUUUGACGACUGUUUGGACAAUAAGUGUAAAAACGGAGCGCAGUGUAUCGACGCGGUGAACGGCUACACGUGUGUGUGUCCGCAGGGUUACAGCGGGCUGUUCUGUGAGUUUUCUCCGCCCAUGGUUUUACCCCGGACCAGCCCAUGUGACAACUUCGACUGCGCUAACGAGGCGGAGUGUGUCAUCAAGGACACGGACCCCGUGUGCCAGUGUCUGCACGGUUACGCAGGAGUGAAGUGUGAGCGGCUCCUCAGCGUGAGCUUCAUCAGCGGAGACGCUUUCAUCCAGAUCCCCUCGGAGAUCACCCCCGAGCACCCCAACAUCACCCUGCAGAUGGCUACAGAAGAGGAUAAUGGGGUGCUGCUGUACCGAGCGGACGGUGGGCAGCAGAUGGCGGUGGAGCUUUACCGGGGCAGACUGAGGGUCAGCUACGACACCGGCUCCUUCUCUCCAUCAGCCAUAUACAGUGCGGAGACGGUGAACGACGGCAGUUUCCACAUGGUCGAGCUGGUAGUGAGCGAUCAGUCUCUCUCUCUCUCUAUCGAUGGGGGGAGUCCUAAAACCAUCCCCACUGUAAACAAAUCCGGCCCAGGACCCAGCCCACCAGCACCACUCUACAUCGGGGGUGUUCCUCUCCAGUCGGGUGUGUCCUCCCUCCAGCAGGGUUCUGGUAGGAACGGUUCUAGCUUCCACGGUUGUAUCCGGAACCUGUACAUCAACGAGGAGCUGCAGGACCUGUCUGGGAUGAUGCUGCAGGGGGGCGUGGUGCCCGGGUGCCAGCCGUGCCAGCGCAGUGUGUGUGUGCACGGGCAAUGCCACGCUACCGGCCAAUCAGCUUUCAGCUGCGAGUGUGAGCCGGGCUGGACCGGCCCGCUCUGCGACCAGCAGGUCAACGACCCCUGCCUCGGCAACAAGUGUGUGAGGGGUACCUGUGUGCCGAUAAACUCGUACUCGUAUAGCUGCCGCUGUGUGCCGGGGGCGGCGGGGGUGCUGUGUGACGAGGAGGAGAGCUUCAGCCCCUGCCUGGAUCUGACCUGCAAACACGGGCACUGCCACGUCUCCGGCCUCGGCAAGGCCUACUGUCAGUGUACCAGCGGCUACACCGGCCAGCACUGCGACAGAGAGGUGGCGUGUCGGGGAGAACGGGUCCGAGAUCACUAUCAGAGGCAGCAGGGUUACGCGGCCUGCCAGACCACGGAGAAAGUCUCCCGCCUAGAGUGUAAGGGCACCUGUGGGGGCGGGGCUUCCUGCUGCUCCGCCCUCCGCACCAAGCGCAGGAAAUACACCUUUCAGUGCACGGACGGCUCCUCCUUCGUCCAGGAGGUGGAGAAGGUGGUCAAGUGCGGCUGUACAAAAUGCCCGUCCUAAAAAAAAAACAGCAAAGAUUAGAGUUCUAGUCUUCCCCUCAACUCGUCCCCUUUACUUCACUCAUCCCCUUUCCCUCACUCAUCCUCUCACUUGUCCCCUUACUCAUCCCCUUUCCUUCAUUUAUCCCGUUAACUCAUACCCUUUCCCUCACUCGUCCCCUCACUUAUCCACUUAACUCAUCCCCUUUCCCUCACUCAUCCCCUCAACUCAUUCCCUUUCCCUCACUCAUCUCCUUACUCAUCCCUGUUCCCUCACUCAUCCCCUCACUCGUCCACUCAUUCAUUCCUGUCCCCUCACUCAUCCCCUUUCCCUCAGUCAACCCCCUUACUUGUCCCCUCACUCAUCCCCUUUCCCUCACUCAUGCCCUCAACUUAUUUACUCUCCCUCACUCAACCCCCUUACUUGUCCUCUCACUCAUCCCCUCACUCGUCCUUAUUCCCUCACUUGUCCCCUUACUUGUCCACUUUUUUACCUUCAGUCUUCCAUUUUCCCCCUUUACUCAUCUGCAUGUCAUUAUUUGUCCAGUUUAAUCCCCUCACUAGUCUACUUUUAAUCCCUCAUUUUUUUACUUUUGUCCCCACACUCACCAACCUUUUGUCCUCUCACUCGUCCUCUUUUGUCUCCUGUCUUGUCUGUUAUUGUCCCCUCGUCCAGCUACACGUACUCGUUCACUUCCCUUCACUUGUUUAGUUUUUUUGUUAUUGUUCAUCUGUUUACCUUUUGUUUGUUUUUGGUCAGUGCUGGACUUAUUGUAAGAUACAGAACAAACCUAUUUUUUAUGAAGCAAAAAAAAAAAAAAAAAAACGUACAAAAAUAGAUUUUAGGACUUUGUUUUAUUUGCUAGAACUGUGAUUUUUGUUUAAGUUUAUUUGUUCUUGUUGUUGAGAACGCCUCGCUGAAGAGAGGAGGGCGGAUACACUCCCCGGUUCUGGUUCUGUUCUUGUUUUUUGUUUGUGUCGUUUUUUUUUUGUUGUUGUUUUUUUUUUUUACGGAUUUUUGUGAUUCGUUGUUUUUGCCACGACGACCGGUCAAAGCUUUCACAUGGAGACAGAUGCUGAUAUAAACCUGCUGGCAUUGACGCAUUGACCGUUUAUUACACACACAUACGCACACACACACACACACACACACACACACACGCACACACACACUCUGUAUGUGACGCAUUGUGUAUUUAUUGUAUCUCCAGUACCGUCCCAGUACUUAUCCUGUACUUCCCUCUUCUCCCAGUUAGAGUUACAGUCGGAGCCUCUUAAUAUAUAUUAUUAAUUUAUAUUCAUCCUCUUAACGAUGUAGAUCACACAUUAGCAUACCGAGUAGCGAAACUAACAUUGUGUUUCUUCUGCGGUUGGUUUGACCAAUGAGACUGUUGUACUUACAGGAUAAAAAAAAAACACGUGUCUAAACCGUAGUGGUGUUAAAAUCUUCGGACGUGAAGUGUAUAUUUUUGUCGGAUUUCCUUUAACGUUGUUCGGUGACAGAGACGUAUUUUACCUUAGAGUUUAAACGUGUUCCCGUCCCCACUGUAACCUACCUACUACAGAGAUUAGCGUUAGCGUUAGCUUCUAUAGGUCAAAGUCUCCUUUAACUUUAACUUCUUCACUUAGAAAUGAAAACUGUGACUUUUCUAAACUAUACUACUAUAACUCCCCCAAAACCCCGAGACCCCCAAACCCUGACCCCUGACUUCCCCCUUAACAUGUUGCUGCUAAGUUGGUAUUGUAGACCCGGGUGAUGAUGAUGAUGAUGAUAAUGAUGAUGAUAAUGAUGAUGUUGUAUUGUAGAAGACGGUGCUCCUUCACUGAGGAGCACAUUAUCUUACUGAUCUUUAAAUAAAAAUGUUCCUUCCUUCUUAAA